AAAAACAAAUCAAGAAGACUGAUGGAAAGGGCCGAGAAGUUGCGAUUGAAUUUCUUUUUCCCAGCGAUUUUUCCGCUAUAAUUUACUGGAAAUAUUCCAGUCGUCAUGAAUUCGUAAAGAAGCAUGUGACAUGGAUAGGAAAAUGUAAUUAAAUGUGCAAAGCUUGGAAGAAAGGCUAAUGGGAUCUAUUAUCAGACCAAAUCUUUUGUUUAAACCUUGCAAAUUAUGUCAGUCAAUACGUAAGGCCUCUGGAUCUACUAGACGUCAUGAAGCUCGAGAAAGACGUAAGAAAGAGGUGAUUCAACUGAAAAGUGAGAAAGGUACGCCAGCUGAACGUGUUUAUGUAUGGGGUCAUGCUGCUGCAGGUGCUUUAGGUGUAAGAUCAUAUUUACGUCCAGAACGCAGUAGUCAGAGUCCUGUAAAAAUACAACAUAGACCUGCUAGACUGAGAUUUAUGGAUGAAAAUGAUAUACAGGUUUACAAUGUGGCAUGUGGAUAUGGCUUCACUCUGUUUGCUGCAAAGAGAAGAAGACGACACAUGGUUCUUGCCACUGGAAUAAACACAGACUCUCAGUUAGGCUAUCAUGAGUUCCCUAAAAAUACAGGACGUGUAUUGGAUUAUAUAAUUGAGCCAGUGCCGGUAGAAAUACCAGGGAUAUCACAGGACAACCAUAGAUCUGUACUACAGGUAUCAGCCGGCCGGGCCCACAGUGUCUUUCUUACUGAAGCUGGAGUGUUCUCACAAGGUAACAAUGCAUAUGGGCAAUGUGGUAGACCUUCAGUGGAAGGUGAAAGCUUUCACAAAGUUUUCAACAUACAAAGAGUGGAGGGACUUCCAGACAAUGUUAGCAAGGUUGUAUGUGGACAGGACCAUACUCUUUUUCUGACAAAAGAUGGUAAAGUUUAUUCCUGUGGUCUUGGUGCAGAUGGGCAGUUAGGAUUACAAAGUUUUGAGUCAGUAGGUAUCCCACAGCAAGUAAAAGGUGAUAUUGAGGGUGUAAAUAUAGUAGAUAUUGCAUCUAGAACAGACUGUGUCCUGGCUGUAUCUAACACAGGUGACGUUUUUGGAUGGGGAAACUCUGAAUACAGUCAGUUGGCAAUGGUUACCACUGAAACACAAGUAAAUGUUCCAAAAUAUUUACCAUUCAAGGAUUGUGGGAAAACAAAGAAAGUGGGUGCUGGGGGAUCUGUAUGUAUCCUGCUAAAUGAGAGUGGACAUGUUCAUGUGUGGGGUUACGGUGUACUAGGAAAGGGACCAAACGUGACUUUACUUAAGACACCAAGUUUACUGCCCCCACCAUUAUUUGGCUGUAAUGAACUGAAUCCAUAUGUUAAUGUUAAAGAUAUAAGCUGUGGAAUGAGUCAUUUUGGUGCAAUAACAAGUGUUGGAGAUCUUUACACAUGGGGCAAAGGAAAAUAUGGUUGUCUAGGAAUACAUAAAACAGAGGUCCAGUAUUUCCCCUUGAAGGUUGCCAUGCCAGCGUUAACACAUACUGUGGAAUGCGGUGUGGACCACACUGUUGCUCUUUGUAGAUCAUUUGCUUGACACAAACUUACAUUGUAUGAAGCAUUUCUAGCUUGUCUGUUUUGAACACAAAGUCGAACUAUUAGCCAUCAUGCAAGAUGAAGAAAAGAUGCAUACUUUCAUACACACGGUUUUGUCUUGUUUAUCAUGUAGGCACUUAUCAUGGUCCACAACAAAUUGUGUCCGAUCCUACAAAAUGCUGAAGAAUGUUAAGCAGUUUUUUAUUACUUGGAUCAGUGCUUUAGACAAGGGUGUACAAUAUUCCAAAUGUAAUAGACCUUCAGACAAGUUUUGCUUACCCUUAUGAAUCAUUCCAGAGGAUGGUAGACAGUAUUGUAUAAUUAUUAUAUGAACACAUUUUACAAUAAUGUGUAUAAGAAAUGUAAUAUAAUAUUAAUGAUUAAAAUAUGAUUUGUUGACUACUA